AUGCCAGUAGUGAUCUCGACGAGGAUUUUAAUUACGUUCGAUUAUAGCCGGCGCGGCGUGCUGAGCGCGCUGCGGGCCCCGAGCGGAGCGAGCGGCGCUGCUCGCUACCACGUGCACGAACAAGUACCUUCAUGUAUUGUGCUGACGAUAAUUCGCCUCGUUCUCUCACAGUCCCCCCUCGGCGCUCGACACAUAAAAUUUAAUAUUAUCGCCUGUUCAGCUUUAUAA